UUGUAGCGUGGACUGGUAGGAACGAUCAGCAGAGUAUCAGACCGGCUUUACGAGCGGCUCGAUAUAGCCAGACGGUGUGUGCGCCUGUCGUGGAACGCGAAAAGGCAGCUAUUCCGCUCGACGGGUCCGACGCGAGUGGAAUAAUUAAUCGAAUACCGCGCGAAGCAUCUACGCGAGUGUAUUUUCUUCAAACAUGGGCCUCAAAGAUUUUCGGAUAACCUUCGACAAUCCUUGGAGCACCUACUCGCCAGGACAAACGGUCAGCGGAAAUAUCGUCGUCGUGUUAGACAGUACGAAGAAGAUUCGCGGAAUAUGCGUAAAAGUAAAGGGUGUCGCGAACACAUGCUGGACAACCGACAAACAGGAAAUGGACGACAGGGGCCAGUAUAGAGAAGGAACUCAGACGGUCACGGGUCACGAAGAAUAUUUUGAGACAAAGUAUUAUCUGGUUGGAUCGGCUUCUGGGGGUGAGAUCGAGAUACAAAGCGGCGAGCAUAAGUUCCCGUUUCAGUGUGUUUUACCAACCAAUUUGCCGAGCAGUUUCGAGUCCGAUUUUGGGCAUGUUCGAUACACUGUCAAAGCAAUAUUGGAUCGUCCCUGGAAGUUCGAUCAGGAAGUGAAGAGUCCCUUCACGGUGGUGCUACCCCUUGACCUUAAUCUCGAAUCGAGGGCUUCGGAAAGAGUCCAGGAGGAGAUGACUAAAACAUUUUGCUGUUUAUGCUGCGCGACUGCACCCUUAACAGUGAAUUAUUCGUUACCUGUCAGAGGCUACGUGCCAGGCCAGACGAUGCCAAUCAAACUCAACGUUGAAAAUGCAUCGAGUGUAACAGUGGACACUGUGAAACUCGUCCUUUGUAAGAUCGUAACUUUCCGUGCAACCACACCGAGUACUGACACGAGAACAGAAGAGAUCGUGGUCUCCGAAGUGGGCAAGGGACCUGUCGAAGGAGGAGGCAGCGCUGAUUACGAACAGAAUCUUGAUAUUCCGCCAUUACCUCCGUCCAAUCUCGCGAACUGUGGGAUCAUCGACUUGGAAUACAAUCUUAAGGUCGUGGCGUGUGUCUCAGGAUGGUACUAUCGAAAUUUGUCAAAGAACACGCUAAUUUUUGUGGGCACGGUGCCAUUGGUAAAUUAUCAGACCCCAAGCGCUCCUCCUGCGGAAGCAAUGAAACCGGAAGUUGGGUGGACGGCUCCCGAUGGUCCAACAUCGAAUUUGUAUCCUGAUUUACCUCCACCAUCGUACGAGGAGUCGACGAAUGGUGCCAGAAGUCUUUGGGAACGUGGCGAAUCCGACCACGUAUUCGGUCUAUCGAAUCGUUUCGCGCCUAAAUAUCCUGUCUACAAUUUCGCACCUGUUCAAUGAACAACGAAACGAAGCUUUCCAAGGUUUCAUUUGUAAACGAAAAGUCGUUUGUUUCACGACGCAGCCAGCAAAGCACUGUUUAGGGGCUUUAUAACGAUAACGAAGUUAAAAAUUCACGUUAACCGUGGACAUUAUUCAAGCUGACAGUCUCAGUUUUUACUAUAACAUUUUUUUAUUAAAUUCGUUUAGAGUAGGAAAUCGUUAGGUAUCUCGAAACCAAUGCUAUGUAAAAUAGUCGAAAAGAUUUUCACGUAAAACGUGAAUAUGUAACAAUUUCAAUCAUUUUUUAAUAUGGUUUUUUAAAUGGCUUUUUAACUAUAAAGAUAUUUUACGACUAGUCGAGCUUGAAUUUGUUCUGGGAAAUUUAUGUGCCUCAAGUAAACAAAUGAAUUUGGUCAAUUAAGACGCACAGCUCAAAAUAUUUCAUGUAAAUGAGCAAAGCCUACAAUUGUAUAUUGAUAUGACAACUUUUUUUAUUAAUAUGUAUAUUUUUCUACGAGUAUUCGUAGAUAGGAACUAGAUUCAAAGCAAUAUUGAUGCAAGAUUAUCGAACUGCCGCUAUCACUAUACAAGCUUUUGUGAGAAUCUGCUUGAUCAAAAUUUUUAUAUGUAUAUAUAUUAUAUAUAAAAUAAUUAUGUAUUAUUAUUACGUAUACAUGUAUAUGAUACUCGAAAGAAACGAAGAAUUUGAAUGCAAACAAGAUCUGUAUUUAUAUUUAUCAUGUUGUGAAUAAAGCAUAUGUUUUUCAUACAAGCUA